AUGAGACUUUUAGUAUUUAGUUGCCUCAAGCAGACGAAUAAAGAGAAAAAGUAUCCACAUAAAUGUUCGUGUGAUUUACUGAAAAAGAUAAAAGAAUGCCUCGGUCGGAGAAGGUGGAAAAAGCUUUCAUUGAAGCAAAUUGGUUUAAAUGUUCGUUGUAUUUAUUUUGGAUUCAAAUGA